CCACAAACCACGAACAACAAAGACCUCAUUACCAAUGGAUGAAGACUACGAAAGACCCUUUUUGCGAAUCGGACUUGACGAUGUCAUCUCCCCACCUAAGAGGAAGCUCCUCCUCUUCGGAACCGGCGUCACAUGUGCUCUCAUGUUCUUUGGCUACAUCCAGGUAGUUGGGUCUCACAAUCCAGACCAAGGGCAGAAUGGGACAAGCUAUGGGGAUUGGAACGGAAUGGAAGGAGAAGUGGUAGCUAUUACUGCUGGUAGCGAAAGAGGCAGCCUGAUGAAUGUGGGGAUUGCAACACAUGGGAGGGAAGAUCAGGAUGGGGACAACACUGUUAUGCAUGUGCUGACUACAGUUGGUUCUGUGCCUGUGGAGACUUCUAUUGCGGAGAGUCGAGCCGGGAAACGAGCUGUGGUAGAUUGGGGACUGGGAUGCUAG